AUGCCAGAGUCUAAGCCAGGUUCAUCCACCCAUUCCAAUCCAGUGGAAAAUACUGGUGCUAGUACUGCACUUGGGCAGUCAGCAUCAAAUCUUUCCACUCCCGUCAACAAGAAGCAGAAGAAAAAACGGAAGCUAAAAGAGAAGCUUCGAGCAAUGGAGCAACUCGGUGUUCUCGUCCAUCGCCGCGGUAUGGCCAAAGGUAAGGUAACCAAAAUUUUAAGUACCAUUCAACCCCAACACGAAGACAAUCUAGUGCUUAGUCAGGCACAAAUUAAAGUGUACACCAAGAAAUUGGAAUCUGCUCAAAAGGAGUAUGAAGCCCUGCAAGAGAAAAUCUUGGAGCUGGUAUCUGCUGAGGACAUGGAUGCUCAUGACCAACACUUCGAAGCCUUCGACGAUUUGUGUGACAUGGUAGGAAUCAUCCUGGAGGAACAGGGUGAAUCUGGUGUGCCUAUCGCAGCAAACUCCAUUCCACCGAAUGCUGCCACUUCACUGGUGAUCCAUCAGCCUCUCAGAAUGCCCAUUCCCACUUUCGAUGGAAGGUAUGAAAGCUGGCCGAAGUUUAAGGCAAUGUUCAUGGACCUAGUGGACAAAGCACCCGAUCCGCCAGCUGUUAAGUUGUACCAUCUCGAUAAGGCAUUAGUGGGUAGUGCAGCUGGUUUAAUAGAUGCGAAAACGAUUAAUGAAGGCAAUUAUGCACACGCUUGGGAAAUUCUCGAGGAGAGGUACGAGAACAAACGACACGCCAUCGACUGUCAUAUUCACGGCCUUUUGAAUCUAACAAAAAUGUCUAAGGAAACAAAUGGCGAGCUCAGGAAACUGAUAGAUGAGUGCACAAGGCACGUCGAGAGUCUGAAGUUUUUAGAGCAACCUUUCACCGGAGUGUCGGAACAAAUAGUGGUCCACUUGCUUGCAGUAGCAUUGGAUAAAGAAACUCGAAGACGCUGGGAAUCCACCGUGAAGCAUGGGGAACUUCCUGGAUAUGACAUGAUGCUGAAGUUUUUAAAAGAGCAAUGCUUCGUUUUGGAGAGAUGCGAAAGUACCAAUCCCAAACAAUCCGCAACUCAAGUCAAACCUAUGAAUGUUCAGAGUAAGGAAUCUUUCGCCAAAUCACAUGCAUCUACUGCAUCCGCUGAAUCCGAGUACAAAUGCGACUUCUGUGGCAAGGGCCACCUAAACUACACUUGUCCAGAAUUCAAAGCGCUUCCCUUACAGCAACGAUUGUCCAAGGUCCGAGAACGAAACACUUGUUUUAAUUGCUUAAGGAAAGGCCAUCACAGUAGAGAUUGCCCUUCCGAUAAAACAUGCUUCAAAUGCAAUAGGAAGCAUCACAGUCUACUCCACGCGGAAGAAAAAACAAGUUCUCCAGUAACAAAGGAGAGAAGUUCAUCCAGAGAAGCUGAUACUCAAACAGUUAAGAAACCGACGCAAGAAGCAAAUCAUCAGGAACAAACACAACUUACUGCUGCCACCUGUUCGAGUGUACUUCCAAUACAGCAUAUACUUCUUCUCACAGCCGUUGUAGAGGCGAUGGACAAAAACUACAAACCCCACCCGUGCAGAAUUUUAUUGGAUAGUGGAUCCCAAGCCAAUCUGAUUUCGCGGUCCAUGAUAAAUGCAUUAGGAUUGCAGCAGUUUCCAUUAAAGGUAACCGUAAAGGGAGUAAAUAGCACGAAGAGCCAUUCGUCAAUGAGCAGCAUAGUCCAAAUCCGAUCUAAUUAUUCAGACUUCAGAGCGAGUCUUCAAUGUUUGGUGACGGACAACGUGACGGCAGACUUGCCCACUUCAAGCUUCGAUGUUAGUAACUGGGUGCUUCCAACAGGUGUUCAACUCGCCGAUCCGACGUUCCAUCAAACUGGCAAAAUAGAUAUGUUGAUUGGAAGCCAGUGGUUCCUGAAAUUGCUAUUACCAGGAGAGAUAACAUUAGCCGAAAAUCUUCCCGUACUUAAAGAGACUCAGUUCGGUUGGGUCCUGGGUGGCAGCUAUGGAGGCGAGACAACAUCUAAUUACAUAGUACAUUCACAUGCUGCAACGUUUGAUGAUUUGGAUCAGCUUAUCCGUCGGUUUUGGGAGGUCGAAGAAGUUUCCAACGAUGCACAUGGUUCCAAUGAAGAAGAAGAAUGCGAGCAGCAUUUCCUAAACACUCAUCGACGAGAUGCUUCUGGCAGAUACAUUGUUCAGUUGACUCUCAAGGAUUGUUUUAAUGAGCUUGGCGACUCCAGAGCCAUGGCGCUACGAAGAUUCUACGCAUUGGAAAGAAGGUUGAAUCAGCAUCCUGAUUUGAAGCAGCAAUACUCAGAGUUCAUGAGUGAGUACGAAGAUCUUGGACACUGCAAAGAGAUCAAUGAAUUCAAUGAUCCACCACAUAUAAGCAAAUGGUACCUACCUCAUCAUGCUGUUAUUCGACCAUCAAAUACAACCACUAAGUGUCGUGUCGUAUUCGACGCUUCCGCAAAGGUGUUCGGCCGCUCCCUGAAUGAUGUCAUGAAGAUAGGUACUAUUAUUCAGAGCGACUUGCAAUCAAUCAUCCUACGCUUCCGUGAACCUCGCUAUGUUUUGACUACAGACAUAGCGAAAAUGUAUAGGCAGAUUGUUGUUGACGACUGCCACACUCCGUUGCAAAGAAUAUUCUGGCGGAAAGAUUCAUCGAGCGUCGUGCGUGUAUUGGAAUUAACAACGGUUACAUACGGCACGGCAUCUGCACCCUUUUUGGCCACAAGGGCCCUUAAGCAGCUGUCCAUCGACGAACGAGAUAAGUUUCCUAUGGCAGCGGCUAUAGUCGACAAAAAUUUCUACGUCGAUAAUGGCUUGUUUGGAUACGACGACUUAUCACAAGCACGCGAUGCGCAAAACCAAUUGAUUCACUUGCUGAAGGCCGGUGGAUUCCAUUUGCACAAAUGGUCAUCGAAUAGUUUAGAGCUGUUGGAGACCAUUCCUGAAGCGGAUCGAGAGCAGCUAGUAAGUUUUGAAGAAUCCGGAGCCAACGAAGUCAUUGAAAUGCUUGGAUUAAUGUGGAAUCCUUCAACGGACGAGCUGCUGUUCGUAUCAAUGCCCACCUGUGAUAUAGAAACGCCAACCAAACGACAAGUUUUAUACUUGAUAGCCAGAAUGUUUGAUCCUUUAGGGUUGGUGUCUCCAGUAGUUAUCAUUGGCAAACUUCUUAUGCAGCAAACCUGGAAGGAAAACAUUGAAUGGGAUGAACAAAUUACAGGAGAGUUGUUGAAAAAUUGGAAAUACUUCCUUGUCGCUAUCGCCGGAAUCAAUCAACUGCACAUACCACGUCAAGUACUGGUGACCAAUGCUGCUCACUUUGAGCUGCAUGGCUUUGCGGAUGCUUCUCAAGGUGCAUUAGGAGCCUGUGUCUACAUUCGAUCCGUGAUCCCUGGUCUGGAUGCCGUAGUUAAACUACUUUGUGGGAAAUCGAAAGUAGUUCCAAAGGCAGCUCUCACAAUUCCUCGCAAGGAACUAGCGGCUGCGUUACUGCUGCAUCGUCUCGUGCGAAAAAUUAUUUCUUCCUCGAAUUUGCUUUUCAGUGCAAUCGUGUUGUGGUCUGACAGCCAAGUGGUUCUCGCAUGGUUGAAGAAAAAUCCCAGCCUACUAGAAAUUUUCGUGCGAAACAGAGUAUGUGAAAUUAUCUCUACUGAGAAUGAUUUUGAAUGGAGAUACGUAAAAACUUCUGAGAAUCCAGCCGAUGUGGUUUCUCGGGGUCAAUCAGCCAUUAAGUUAGCAACGAACAAUUUAUGGUGGAGUGGUCCAUUGUUCUUGAAAAGUGAUCCUUACGAGAUUGAAACUCCUACCCAACUAUGCGAUGAUGAUAUUCCAAAAAUGAAGUGUGUUGUCGUGGUGCAUACGGUUGUGCGUUAUGAAAAAUUACCAGUUUUCCAAAAAUUUGAAUCUUUUCGUAAAUUACAAAGAGUUAUUGCAUAUGUUCUACGAUUCUGCAAGAACGCGAAGGAGAAAUCAGCGGAAACCCGUAUCCUGAAAAAAUACCCUACUAUGACCGAAAUGAACGAAUCUAUGAAGGUGAUUGUUAGAGUGAUUCAGUAUCAAGAAUUUGCAGAUGAGAUAGCCCGUUUGAAAUCAGGUGCGCAAUGCAAGAGAUUGUACAAUUUGAAUCCUGUUAUCGACGAAGAGAUGCUAAGAGUUGGCGGUCGACUUCGACAUUCCCAACUACCAUUUUCCAGCAAACACCAGUGGAUUUUACCAAAUCGCAAUAAUGUAGUUGACAGUCUAAUUAAUGCACUUCAUCGUGAGAAUCUGCAUAUAGGUCCUAUCGCUCUUUUAGCGACUCUUCGGCGUCAGUUUUGGGUUCCGAAUGGUCGUUCUGCUGUGCGUAAGAUCACUCGUAGCUGUGUCCAGUGCUUUAAAACCAAACCGACAACGGUAGGCCAGUUCAUGGGUGACCUGCCAGCCAGUCGUUGUGAACGAGCACCAGCUUUUCAAAAGGUUGGACUCGAUUAUGCUGGACCUAUUCUUUUGAAGCAAGCUGGACGAAGGGCAGUUGCUGUUAAGGGGUACAUUUGUAUCUUUGUGUGUAUGGUGACCAAGGGUAUUCAUUUGGAGGCAGUCGAAAGCCUAUCAACCGAUUCUUUCAUCGCAGCGUUACACCGGUUCGUAUCCCGACGAGGAGUACCAGAGGACAUGUUCUCUGACAAUGGGACCAACUUCGUUGGUGCAAAGAACCAACUGCAUGAAUUGUACCAAAUGUUUAAACAGCAGUUAACGGAAAGGAAGCUGUUUGAAUUUUGUCAACCUAGAAAAAUUAACUGGAAAAUGAUUCCACCAAGUGCUCCUCACAUGGGGGGGAAUAUGGGAGGCAGGUGUAAAGAGUGCCAAAUCCGUACUUAA